AUGUAUUUCACUAUUCAGGCUCUACUCACUCUCGCCCUCCUCAUUUUUUCGCUUUUUAAUCCGGUGUUUUCUUCUCCCACACAUCAAAUCGGGAGUCAAGCAUCCAUCUCCUCUAAAGAUGUAAUUUCUUACGAGGCACCAAGUAUGCGAGAUUCAGCGCAACAACUCACGGAUUACAUGAAAAAGAUGUCCAUUGAGAACGACCCAAACUUCUCCAAAAACUUCGCUGCAGUGGGCUUGACUAUGGCCAGAGGUCUCCAGUCAGAUUCUUCGCAAGUUUUUGCAAGGUUGAAGCCUCCCUCCCACGUUGCAGCUGACGCAAACGGAAAUGCUCAGAAGUUGACGUUGGUCACCGACGCACUUGGUGCUGUAGUAGCAAACCCUACAGACGUGGCGCUGGCGAGGAAGAACGCUAAGUUGGUUCUUUGUUUACUGAAUAAAACCAUUUAUCCGGCGCUUAAGGUUCUUAUUAUCGAAGCUCAGAAAGCUGCAGGUCUGGGAUUGGAUGCGGGUACUUUUCCAGAGGGUAACUCGCUCCAAAUUGGUCUUUGCGCCUUUGGAGGACUGGGUGCUAUAGUAUAA